AUGUCGACCGGACGCAAGGUCAUUCACUGCGCCGUGGACGAGACGGCUUUGACCACCAACAUCAGCGAGAUCAAGAAAUGGACCACCAACGGCGCCAUCGAUCUGAUUGUCCCUCUUUACACCCUCGAAAGGCUCCACGCCCUCAAGCGAGCGGGAUCGCAAACCGCCAUUAAUGCCCGCGAGGCUGUUCGCUUCCUCGACCGAGUUACCUCCGGCAAGGAUCACAUCACGGCGGACCGAAUCACCCUCCAGGGCCCGAUGGAGCAGUACGAGCGGUGGGAGGAUGCAGAGAAAUUCUUCCUGCCAGAAUUCGAGGAGGAACCCGAGGCUAUUGAUGAGGCAGAACAUACUGAGUCGGCGCCCGAGGAGCCUCAGAAGAACACUGUUAACUCCGGUCCGGAGGAUUUGUCGCAGAUGCUGCUGAGCAAGCUGAACUUCAAGAAAGAGACCGAGGCCGCAUCGAUCACCUCCGCCGGGUCUCCCAGUGGUCCAGGAUCGCGCACCUCGUCUCGCAGUUCGCGCACCAGUCCUGAAUGCGCCCAGCACGAGAACGGUAGCGCCAGCACUGUCGACAAGCCCAAGUUUGGGCACCAACGUACCGAAUCUGGCUCUACCAUCCCGGUCGCGCCGGCCGAGUUGCGCCCGUUGCUGAGCGCGUUGCUGUGGCGGCUACACAGCGGCCCAGAUGCCGACCAGUCUGCCAAGAACUGCAUUUUAGUGACGAACGACCGCGCGACUCAGGUGUGGGCCCAGAAGUUCGGUAUCGGCGUGAAGAAUAUUCUUCAACUGCGCACCGCAGUCCAAUACGAAGAGCGCGAGUACAAGAACCGCUGCAAAUACGUCGAGAAGACCCAGACCCAACCCACGGAGCAACCCAAGACCCUGUUGUCCUAUGAGGAUGACUCUGACGAGGAUGAGCUGGUCUUUGUCCCACGUGGUGGCCGCGGCGGCAAGGGCCCUUCUCGUGGUGCUCGGGGUGGAUCCUCUCGUAAGGCUGUCUCGAAAACUGUCUCGAAAACUGUCUCGAAGGCCGUUUCGAAGGCCGCUCCAGCCGCUGUUGAGACCACCGUUGAGGUUCCUACCCAGCCGAUUGAUCCAAACUCCUUCAGCCGCUCCCUGGGUGGCUCGAACAAGACGCCGCCUACCGUGGAUCUGAGCACCCAGCAGGGUGCUGCUCGUGGCAUCGCCGGGGCUUCUCGUCGCUCCCCUAGUGGACGCCGUGGAGGACUUACUCGUGGCUCUGGCCGAGGCAAUGGUCGUGGACGGGGCAAGCUCUGGGUUCCUUGA